AAAUGAGUAAAAAUGAAACAGGAGGAAGAUCAAAUUUUAAUUUUGACGCAUUUUAAUGAAUAGCAGUAAUCUUUUUAAGCUCUGCGGGUAUGAACCGUCAGUUUCAGUCAAGUGACAUCUUGUUGACAUGUCGUCAGUGUUCUCACUUGUCUUUGAAUUGUCAAAUUAAAAUUGAAACUUCAAUCUAAUUGAGUUCCAUAAUCCAUACCUUUUGAAUUUGAAGUUCUCAGUUCAAAUGUGUAAUGUUUAAGGCUAACUAAUAACCUAUAUUCUGUGAUACUAAUUAAUAUAAUUUCAAAAUGGUUAUAAGUCGUAAUUUCCAAGGGCUAUUCGAAUCUUUAAAUGAAACUGUGGUGUUAAGUUUACCAAAACUUAAAGAGAAUGCGAUAAAAAUUAACUUUACAGGAUCUCAUGAAUACAAGACAGUGUAUAAGCAGGAACCUUUGUUACCGUUUGCUGCCAGUGAGGUAUUUAAUGCACCAAUCCAUAGGUGGAGGAGGCUGACAGCUUUGGAUGAAAACUGUAAGGCAGCUUAUGAAAUCACAUUUGAUGUUAAAGGCAGCAACCUAGACUUCAGACCUGGAGACACAAUAGGAAUUAUACCUCAAAACAGUCAAUCAGAUGUAGAUAAUCUUCUCGAACAUUUAAACAUAAAUGAUUUAGCAGAUAUUAACUAUACAAUUAGUACAGAUGCUGGAAAGAAAGGUGUCAAAGUACCACCACAUAUACCAGUGGAAUCAACUUUGAGGCACAUACUUACAUACUGUGUUGACUUGAGGGGUGUUUUGAAAAAGCUUUUUCUUUUAUCACUGUCAAUGCACACAAAAGAUGCAAGUGAAAAAAGGAUCCUAGAAUACUUUAGUAGCAAAGAAGGCUCCAUAGCAUAUACCACCCAUAUACUUAACGAACGGAUAUGCUUGCUGGACAUACUUUCUAUAUUCACAUCCUGUAAACCACCGAUAGGAUUAAUAUUGGAAUAUCUACCAAGACUUUUACCAAGGCCUUAUUCUAUUGCCAACAGUGAUCAUGAAAACAGUUUUAUCAAAGUCUGUUUUUCUGUUAUGGAUAUUGGUAAUAAUAGAAAGGGAGUGACGACCGGAUGGUUGGAAGAUAUUAUCAUAAAACACGAUAAUUGUGACUUAGAAGAGAGAAUGAAAAAUAUGAAUAUCAGCAAUGUAGAAACCAAAAUUCCUAUUUAUAUAAGAAAGAAUAUAAAUGGUUUUUGCUUACCAGAAAGUUUAGAUACACCAAUUAUAUUGAUAGGACCAGGUACUGGGGUAUCGCCCUUUAUAGGAUUUCUAGAAGAGAGACGAAAUAUACAGAAAAAAAAUCCAGUAACUAAAUUUGGUUAUGCGUGGCUGUUUUUUGGCUGUCGAAACCCAAAGUACGAUUUUAUAUAUGAAGAAGAAUUGAAUAAUUUCCUUUCGAAUGGAGUUCUUAAUGAAUUGACGACAUCGUUUUCUAGAUGUGGCAACACUGAAAGUGGUUAUGUACAGGAAGCUAUAAAACAAAAUAGCGAGAAAUUAGCUAAAUUAAUACUAAAAGGAGCGCAUGUCUAUGUUUGUGGAGAUAUCAAGAAAAUGGCGCCUUCAGUUAGAGAGGCGAUAACUGAAUGUAUAGCAACUUAUGGCGAUGAAGUAAAUGAACCUGAGGAGUUCAUAGCCAAUAUGAUAAAAGAGAAAAAAUAUCUACUUGAUAUAUGGAAUUAAUUAUUCAAAUACCUACAUAGAGAAAUUGUAAAUAGAUUGUAAUAAAAAUAAAAAAAAUUAAAUA